AUGUUUCUUCCAUUGUUUAUUGAUAUUUAUAGAAUAUUCAAGACUAUAAAAACAAAGUGUAAAACAAAUUGUACAAGUUAUAUCCCGAAUUAUCAAUAUGUCUUAUGGAUGUAUAACUGGGUGAUAUGCACAAAAUUAGGCCCACAACCGAUAAACGAUGUUGAUGGAAUAUGCCCGAAGAUAUGUCGUCCACGUAAGGAUAUUACAAAGAAUAAAUUUGUGAACCAAGUAACCAAUUUAACAUUUCAACGAAUCCCUAUAGUGGAUCCAUUCGAUGUUUGCUCUCAAUUAAUCCAUACAAUAUCUGGUUCAUGUUUAGUUCAUGGAAAUGGUGUAUCUGUUCAUGAGUUCACAUGUCAGUGUAUAUCUAGUGCUUAUGAAUGGCAAACUGUUGACUCCCUAACUGGCUGUUUACUAAUCCCAGCUAUCAUGAAAAAUAAACAAGGUGCUUUGCAUAAAACAUGGAAUAUUGAAUGUAAUAAUGAUAUGAAACAGUAUUGUAAGCGCGGUACAUACAAAUGUUAUUAUCGUUUAAGACUAAUUGACGGCGGCAAUGACUACAACAACAACAAUAACAACAAAACGGAUGUAUUAAAGUUAACUUCACAUGUGGAUAUAUCAGUAUGGCCGCAUUGUUUGUGCAGUAGUUAUUAUACUGGUGUUGAUUGUUCAACUAGAAUUAACUCGUGUAUUCAUGUUAGACCGAAUGUUUUGAAAAAUCCUCAAAUAUUAAUGCAUAGUCAAGUGGUUCAAGAUGAUAUUGAUCGUCCAUUUAUGUCACAUAAUGGAAAAUAUGAUCAUCAAUAUCUUCGUUCAGCAUCGGGAAUUGGUUAUGUGGUGCUGAAUUUGGCUACGGCACAUGCACGGACAUUGGUUAGUACUGGUUAUUAUUGUAACUGUAAAUCAGGUUAUACAAAGGAUCCUGACUACAGUUAUACAGAUAAUUGUUGGAAACAGAUUUACGAAGAGCGUAUUGCUGAAGUUGGUGGUGGUGUUAUUGCUGGUAAAUGUGGUACUGCAGUAUGUUUAAAUGGUGGCCGAUGUGUAAAUGUAACCAAAGGACUAGUAACAUAUAUUAAUUCUCCUGAAAGUAACUCAGCUGAUAAUCUAUUGAAUCAAGUGCCAAUGUGCCAAUGUCCAUCAGGUUAUACCGGUUUGUAUUGUGAUGUGAUAGAAGGUAUAUGGGGCGAAUGGAAUUCAUGGAGUAAUUGUGCGCCUACAUGUGGACAAAUACGUUAUCGUUAUCGUCUACGUUCAUGUGACAGUGAUAUUGGUUGUCAUGGUUCAGGUAAAGAAAGUCAACACUGUACAUCAUUACCAUGUACUAAGUUAUCUGUAACCAAAAAAACUGACACUUCAAUAAAGUAUGCACAUACUGAACAUGACAAUUAUUAUCUUGUACAUGGUAUGAAAUUAUAUUCAUCAUUCUUGGCGUUUUCCUACUGGAAAAGUGUAUACUUCAAAGAUCCACAUCCACACAAUGAUAAUGAUGAAAAUGAUUUUCUUAUCUACUUGUUCAACGGUAUCAAUGUUCAUUGUUAUUAUAACAAAUAA